AGAACUUUUUUGCCAAAGUAUUUAUUGUUCUGGUUGAGAGCACAUAGUGUGGAUGGGUCGUGGAAAGAAGCAGAGGUUUCAGACGUCCUCUGAGCUCUAUGGAUCCUAAUGUCAUCUUUAGCCCAAUGAAAAGCUUCUGCAUGUGUUACGGCAUGAUUACGAGUCAAGACUGGAGUAAGACAGAUGACAGGUUGUUGCAGGCUGUGGAACAGAAUGAUCCAGAAAAAGUAGCCACGCUGCUGGUGAAGAAAGGUCUCUGCCCGUCCAAACUGGACUCGGAGGGCAAAUCAGCGUUCCAUCUUUGUGCGUCUCGAGGACGGUUGGACUGUCUGGAGGUCAUCCUCUCUCAUGGGGUGGACAUCAGUGUUACAGACAUUUAUUCAUUUCUCUCUGUAGGGUUUAAUGCUCUCCAUCUUGCUGCUAAGAAUGGACAGUCAGAUUGUCUAAAGAGGCUUCUUCAGGUAGGAGUCAUGAAUUAUAUGGAUGUUGAUUGUAGAGACAGUUUUGGGAGGACGUCCUUACACCAUGCUGCUGUAAGUGGCAGUUUGUCCUGCACUGAGAUUCUGUGGGACUUCAAAGCCAACCUUGAUGUUCAAGAUGGAGAUGGGUCAACUCCAUUGAUUCUGGGUGCCCAGAUGAGCAGAGUCGAACUUUGUGCCUUCCUUUUGGAACGAGGAGCCAAUCCUAAUAUACAGGACAGCCAGGGCAGGUCAGCAUUGAUGUUGGCCUGUGAGAGUGACAGCAUGGAGACGGUAGAGCUGUUAUUGAAAGGCGGAGCUAACCCACACCUUACCGAUGCUCUGGGGCAUAACUCCUCCCACUACAGCAUCACUGCCGGCAACCCCAACAUUACCCAGCUUCUGCAGAACGUAGGCGUUUCCACAGGUAACCACACACACAUCUCGUCCUCACCUUUAAUUCCUUCGGGAGAGAGAGGGACCAUCUGGUGCCUAGUGAGCCCGCCCCCUUCCUCAGAUGCCUCAAGCACACCACCUCCCCCUGUCCCCACCCAAUCACCUGACUCACAGAGCCCCACCCCACCUUCUCCUGCUCCCAGGACCCAAAUUCUCCCAUCUGAGAACCUUGUGGAGGAUGAGGAAGUCUUUGAAGAGAUCCGUAAGCUCAGGCUGGAGAGAGGUCGCCUGCUGCAGAAAAUCAAGGUUCUGGAGCAGCAGCAGAGCAGCGCCACCACUGCCCUGGUGGAGCUAAACUCUCUGAGAGAGCGUCUGAGUGAGGUUGAGGCAGAGCGUGACCGACUGCUGGCCGAGCUGGAGGAGUUGAGAGCAGCCCAGGUGAGCGGUGUGACCUGUGACUCUGAAGACGCGGAGGACUCCGAUGACAUGUUAGACUUCCCAGGAGCAGAGAAGUUACUUUCUAAGCAGUCACGAGGUCUGGAUGCUGAUUCGCCGGCUGAGGGCACCUCUCAAGAGAAUCCUGCCAUGGUAGAGCAGCUUCGCAGAAAAGUGGAGGAACUGACCUCCCAGAAUGCCGACCUGGUUCUCAAAGUGCAGAUGCUGGAAAUGUUUGAGAAGGAUGACACGGCUAUGCAGAGCUCAGGCCCAGAUUUUGUUCCCACAGCUCAGUAUGAGUCUUUAAGGAGAGAGUUUGAGGAACUACAGGAGAAAUACUCAAGAGGCCAAGCUUCAACUGAAGCCUCAAGCAUCGCAGAGGAUCCUGGAUCUGAGGAGAAAGAGGAGAAAGAUCAAAAAGCUCUGGAGGAACAGCUGGCUCAAGUCCAGGCCGAGUUAGAGGAACUCAAAGAACAGAUGCGUCUGGGGGUCUAUUCAGUGGAGGAAGCAGGAGCGAAGCCUGAAGGGGGCUCCGAGGACCCUGAGGAAGGGGCAAAUGUGGAGAACCAGCAGGAGCUGGAGGCGGAGCUAGCUAGCAAAAAGACUGAUGGGGAAGGGCUUAGUGAGGGUGACAAUGACACCAUCCAACAGCUGAAACAGAGGGUGACAGAACUUGAGGCAGCUCUGCAGGAUAGAGAGAAAGGGGAAGAGGGAGACAAGGAGAACGAGACAGUUGUGAGUCUUAAAAAGCGUGUGGAAGAGCUGGAAAAAGCCCUGGAGCAAACCAAGACGGCAGGGAACGAGGAGGGCGAGGGAGCGCUGGUGAACAGGUUGCAGGCACGGGUGGAAGAACUUGAACGGGCGUUGAAGGAGAGUGUCCCUCGAGGUCAGUUUGAGGAGGUUCAGGUCACUUUGGGUCUUCAGCUUAACCAGCUGGAUCGAGAACGAGCUGAAGUGGCUACUCGACUCAACAAGGCCUUGCUGGAGCUGGAAAGGCUCCGCCCUUCAUCCCACAUUGGUGAAGAUGAGGAUGACGAGGACCCUUCCGAGAGCUCGGAGGUUUCUAUUGCAUCUGAGCACUCCCUGCACCUGUCGCCAGGCGGACGGACCUUGGAAGCGAUACAGGAGGAGCUGGAAGUUGCAAGGCAAGAGGCAGCACAAGCUCUGGACAGCCUGUGUGACGAGAGAGAAAGUCGGGCUCAGGAUGCACUACAGCUGAGAGAUGCAGUACCUCUUGUGAAACACCAGGAGGUGCUGUCUGCAGUAGCCCAGCAGUUGGCGCAAACAGAGAAAGAGCUGCUAGCAGAACGGCCACUGCGUCAGCAAGCUCAAACUGAGAUCGCCAGACUGGAAUCUGAGCUGCAGGCUGUGCAAAAAGACUCAGUUAGCAAGGAAGAACAUGAUAAAGUCAAGAGAAAAGAGACGGAACUUAAAGAUCUGCGAUCGCAGAAAGCUUUAGAACAGGGACUGGUGUCCAAAGAAGACCAUGAGGCCCAGAGACUCUCGCUACAGGCUGAGAUCAACACCCUGACGGCCCAGUUAGGCGAUCUAGCACGCAAGCAUGAGAAGACCUGCACUGAGGUGUUCCAGGUGCAGCGGGAGGCUUUAUUUAAUAAGAGCGAGCGUCAGGUGGCUGAAUCCCAGCUGGAGACAGUUAAAAAGCAGCUGGCGGAUCUUCAAGCCGAGUCCACCCACAUCCAACAGCUGCACCAGGACAUCCAGGACUCUCAGGGGCUCAUCAAGGAGAAAGACCGCAAGAUCACAGAGUUGUCUAAGCAGGUUUUUCGUCUGAAGGAGGCUCUGGGGGCUUUGACUCCUCCACUGCCACGUUCUCCAUCGCCACCAUCCUCAGGGAUACCUGGACAACAGCUGGCACUGCAGAACCGUGUGACCGCAUUAACACAGCAACUCCAGGACUGGGAGCGCAAACACAAGGCUGUUGUUUCAAUAUACCGUUCUCAUCUAUUAGCUGCUGUACAGGGCCGGAUGGAUGAAGAAGUUCAGGCGCUUUUGCUUCAAAUCCUCCGUAUGUCACAGAAAGGUCAAAAUUAGUGCUUUGUAACUGACAGCAAUACAAAGAGUUCAAGUGAGUGCUAUACGUACCCUUGAACCGAAGUAUAUCACCACUGUGCACCGCCAACAAGAGGCACUGAAACUGUGAAUGAGAGGAUGAUUAUAGAGAUGAUUAUAUUUCCUGUAUGUGAUGAUUUAUGAGGGACAACACAGAUACUUUUGUACCACAUUUCAAUAAACGGUGAAAUCCUGCUGAUGUGCCUUUCUUUGUAACUCUGCGGUUGACACUUUCUUUGCAGGCCUCUCACAGUACUGUCAAAAUGUACUUUGUGGUAAAAAGUACGUUAUGAUGAAUUUCCGUGGUGUUAAAAAGAUGCGUAGCACACCACAGGUAAUCUGUUUCAAACUCAUCUCGCACAUCCAUAUGAUCUCACCACAAACAGCUGAGCACGUCUGUUAGUACAGGUUUCUUUUCCUUUUGAAAUCAGAGUAAUAUUUGAUGUAAAAUUCAAAUGUGUUAUGUCAGUUGAAUGUGUAUUAUUUUUUCUUCUGUUAAAAAAACAAAAGGAGAUGCUUGGCAGAAUGUCCAAGCUGCUCUUUUCCAUACAGCGAAGGUGGACGAUACAGAAAAGUCAUCUGUAAUGUUACAAAAGGUUUUUGUUUCAAAUAAAUGCCACUCUUUUGAAUUUUCUAUUUAUCAAAGGAUCC